AUGUCUAGUGGGUUUGUUUCGACAAGUGAACUCGAGGAAGAGAAGAAAAGAAGACAAGAAGAAUGGGAGCGGGUAAGGAAGCCAGAUGAUCCAGCUGUGGCACCAGAGCCAGAGGUAUGCAACAAAUCGCUCUAUGAGCAAUUAAGAGACAACAAAGAGGCCAAGCAGGCGGAAAUCGAUGAAGCUAAGAAAUUCAAGAAUAUGAUCCGAGGCAUUGAUGAAGAUGAAAGCGAAUUUCUGGCUCGUGUCAACCAGAUGAAGUCAGAACAGAUGCGGAAAGCAAAGAAGGAAGAAGAAGAAGCGCUUAGAGAAGCUGCCAUAGCCCGAAGCCAACUGAAUCUGACCGAACCUCCCACAGUGUCUCAGCUGAAAGUUGCACCCACAGACAAUAAACCACAGAAAUCAAAACAGGCAGCUAUACUUUCUACUGCAAUCAAACGAAAGUCAACUAGUAGCAAUGGCGAUGGCACUACUGAGAAACUAGCAAGACCUGAGAAUCCGAAUAAUAAUCGACCGUCUGAACAGUCCAAUGGGCAACCAGCGGUUUCGGCAAUGAAAAUUGUUGGAAAGAUACCUGGUAUCGGGAGUUAUGAUGCGUCGAGGUUUGUGAUAUCUCCGCCUUACUAA